CCAGCCCCGGAACCGCGGCGGGAGGCGGUAGUGCCGCUGCAGGAGCCCUGCCAUGGCCCGGGGCUGCGCAGACACGUGCUCUGGGUCUCAGUGGAGGUGGGAACUCCCAGUUUUCUUCUCCUGAGAACCCCAACCUGGCUGCAGAGACAACUUUCUUCCCACUCCUCUGCAAGAAGUGAUAGAGAAAACAAGUGCCAUGUAUACUUUCCUGCCUGAAAACUUCACACCGGUGAAGCAGAAGCCAUCCAAGGAGUUGAGGCCGAUGCUGGGGGCCGUCACGCUGGGCCUCAUCCUGUUCAUCGCCGCGGUGGUGGCCUGGUGCUACUACACGGUGUCCCUGCGGAAGGCGGAGCGGCUCAAGACGGAGCUGAUGGACCUGCGGGCGGACGGCUUCGUCAUCAGGAACCAGCACGGGGAGGUGGUGUUCCGGCUGGCGUUCCGCUCGGGGAGCCUGGACCUGGAGUCGUGCUCCAAGGAGGGCGAGAUCCUGAGCUGCACGCGGUCGGACCGGGGGCCGCUCAACUUCUUCAUCCAGACGGUGAAGCCCAAGGACACGGUGAUGUGCUACCGCGUGCGCUGGGAGGAGCUGGCGGCCGGCCCGGCGGUGGAGCACACCAUGUUCUGGGAGGACGCCCACUGGUACGGGGGCUCGGAGAUGAGCACUCAGCACUGGCCCAUCCGCCUGGCGGGCUACCAGGAGCCCGUGCCCUACGUCACCAGCGACGUCUACUCUUUCCGCGACAGCUUCGGGGGCAUCCUGGAGCGCUACUGGCUCUCCUCCAAGGCGGCGGCCAUCAAGAUCAACGACUCGGUGCCCUUCCACCUGGGCUUCAACGCCACCGAGCGCUCCCUCUUCUUCCAGGCCCGCUACAAGGACUCUCCCUACAAGCCCCCGCCGGGGCAGCAGCCCUUCCCCGAGCUGAGCUACCGGGUGUGCGUGGGCUCCGACAUCACCUCCAUCCACAAGUAUAUGGUGCGCAGGUACUUCAACAAGCCCUCCAAGAUCCCUGCUGAGAACGCCUUCCGAUACCCCAUCUGGUCCACGUGGGCCCUCUACAAGAACGAUAUCGAUCAGGAUAAACUCUUGCGAUUUGCAGAAAAGAUUAAGAAAUACCAUUUCAAUUGCAGCCACAUUGAAAUUGAUGACAUGUACACACAGGCCUAUGGGGACUUUGACUUUGACCCUGUCAAGUUCCCCAACGUAUCUGAGAUGUUUGCAAAACUGAGGGAAGAUGGGUUUAAGGUCACUCUGUGGACCCACCCUUUCAUAAAUUACAAUUCCUCAAAUUUUGGUGUGGGGAUUGAGCGUCAGCUCUUCAUCAAGGAGCCGUCGGGGCGGCUGCCAGCCAUGGUGGAAUGGUGGAAUGGCAUUGGGGCCAUCCUGGACUUUACCAACCCAGCAGCCCGGGACUGGUUCCAGAGUCACCUGCGCCAGCUCCGUCACAAGUACGGCAUCUCCUCCUUCAAAUUUGACGCAGGUGAGACCAGCUACCUGCCCAAGCAGUUCAGCACCUUCCGGCCUCUCUCCGACCCCAGCAUCUGGUCCCGGCGCUACACCGAGAUGGCCAUCCCCUUCUACGAGCUGGCUGAGGUACGGGUGGGCUACCAGUCGCAGAACAUCUCCUGCUUCUUCCGCAUCAUUGACCGCGACUCUGUGUGGGGCUAUGAGCUUGGCCUCAAGUCUCUCAUCCCUACAGUGCUCACCAUCAGCAUGCUGGGCUACCCCUUUAUUUCUGCUGACAUGAUUGGAGGAAACUUCCUCCCCAACAAGACGGAUGGAGCAGUUGAGAUCCCGGACCGGGAGCUGUACAUCCGAUGGCUGGAGCUGUCGGCCUUCAUGCCCUCCAUGCAGUUCUCCAUCCCACCGUGGCUCUACGACAAGGAGGUGGUGGAGAUCGCGCAGAAGUUCACGGAGCUGCACGAGUCGCUGGUGGCCCCGCUGCUGCUGGAGCUGGCCGGGGAGGUGACCGACACGGGAGACCCCAUCAUCCGGCCCAUCUGGUGGAUCUCGCCCCGCGACGAGGCCACGCACCGCAUCGACUCGCAGUUCCUCAUUGGGGACACCCUCAUGGUGGCUCCUGUGCUGGAGAUGGGCAAGCAGGAGCGCGACGUCUACCUGCCGGCGGGCAAAUGGCGCAGCUACAAGGGGGAACUCUUUGAGAAGACGCCAGUGCUGCUCACGGACUAUCCUGUCGACCUGGACGAGGUCGCCUACUUCCUCUGGGUUUCCUAACCGGAUCCUCCAUCUGCUUUGGGAAAACCAUGCCUUACGCUACAACUUUUUAAGAAAUAAUAAUUCUAAUUGCACAUUUCAUUUGGGUCUGGGAUUGUGGAAAUGUAUGAAAUAGACUUCGUUCUCCUUGGGGAUUUUGUUUGUUUGUUUUUGGAGGAAGGUGGUCUAUUUUGUUUAAUGUGGUGCAGAUGGGAGGCUGCAGUUGGGUUGUAGUAGGCAGAAUUUUCUCUUUGUUUGUGAAGACUGAGUUGUUAUGCAGUCAAACCUAAUACCUUUUCGGUUCCCUAGGAUUUUAAGAGGUGAGGUUUGGUUAGUGCCUUGUGGGAGCAUUUCUUAUCCUAUGGGGGCAUUCAGCACUGGCUUGCGGUGUGUGAUGUGGGAGGGUUGCUACAGCACAGCCUGCCUUUAGUUUUCUAAUAUGGCAAGUAUAUUUAAAAAGACAUUUUUAAGAGCAGCCAACAAAGUAGAUUAUAGAGAGAUGUAUUUACAGAUUUAUUUCCCUCCCCGUCUCAUGGCACUGGACUAACACUUGCCCAUUUUCUUGGGUAUGAGGCAGGCCAGGUUACAUGUGUGACAUGCAGUUAUUUCAGUUGAACAGACUAUAUAUUGCUUGCAUUCCAUCUCCUUGCCCAUCUGAUGCUGCUGCAAGAUGGGCCUGUGUGUUUUGCCACGGGUGUCAAUAUUGCCUUUUCUGUAGCAGCACUGUUUGUACCAACGUGCCCACUCAAUCUUUUUAAUACAUUAUGGUUCUGCUUUGUUACAGGACAGUAACAGGUAUUGUUUUCUUUUUUUUUUUUUAGGGACAGAUGAGCUUUCAGGUUUGUUGCUGGCAGGACUGCCUGAAGCCUAAGGGUCUCUCUAAGGGUCUCUGUGCCGCUUCCCUGGGAACAGCAGGUUCUUGCAAGCGGCACAAGUCAUGGAUGUAAUGUUUGCUGCUAGCCAGCUUGCUGGUGGGUGAAAAGCACCAGGUUUUGCAUUGAUGGUUUUGUGCCAGUGGGUGUUCUCACUGCACCCAAGAAAAUGUUCUCAUGUAGCAUGAAAUUAAGCUAAUAUCCAUCUCCGUUUUGGGUUGGAGUUAGAGAAAUGAUAAUGUUCUGUAGAGCUUUUCUGAAGCAGCCCUUCUCUCCCUCGUGAAGAUGCAGGGGAUUUCUUCAGCUUUUGGGCUUGCUGUCAGAGGUUUCUGGAGGGGAUGUGGGGUGACAUGUUCCUGUGCCCACAGUCCCCAGCACUAGGAUGGGUAAGACUUCGGCUCAUGUCCCUCCCGUUGCCAUGUGGGGAUUUUCUCAGCAUUUCUCCCUCCUCCUUUUUCAGGAUGCUUUCCCAGCUUUCCAUUUGGUUUUGUUCAGGAAGAUGCACUUACAGAGACACAGGCAAUCUCCACUAUAAGCAAUCACAAGCAGGGUUGCAGUCUGGCAGCCCUGUUCCCUGGGGCAGGACUUUCCCAGCUGUGCCCUGGCUGCUGGCAUCUCUCAGCCCAUGCCUGCUCGGAACUGAGCCACACUGUCUGGGAAGGCAAGGGGCAAAGAAAGCACAGCAGCUGCAGGUCUUCUUAUGGGAUUGCAUCCAGGAGUGAAUCCACCACACAGGGAGAUGGAGCAGCUUUUUGGGUAGAGUUGGAUACCAGUGAUGGUCUUUCUCUAAAGCCAACUGCCUUUGGGUUUGCAGGAGGCAAAAAAGGAGAUGCACCUAUGGGUUGUGAUAGCGUCCACAAGUGGAAACUCAGGUGUUUGGGGCAAUAUCUAAAGUGCUUGUACAGUUAGGAAGGAAGUGAGAAUGUUCAGUGUGAUGGAUGCUGUCCUUGGAAAUCUUCAGAAGCUGUCCGGACAUGGUCCUAGGCAACCUGCUCAAGGUAACCCCUGCUUGAGGCCUCCAGAGGUCCCUUCCAACCUCAGCCAUUUUGUGAGUCUGUGCUUCUUUGGAACCAACCUGAUGUCUGUGUGGAUCUGCUCUGAGUAAUUUUGUGUUUUGGCCUCAAAACCAGUCUCAAGGGAGUCCUCAGGUCCAGCAGGAGCAUAGGCAAGUUCCAGGCUCAGCCCCUAAGCCGGUUUCUUGUGGCUUUUAGCUGUGAGGGCUCAGAUUUGCUCUCUGGCCCCAGUACAAGUAACAGUGGCUUUUCAGGCUACAAACACACUCUGACAAGGUUUAGCCUUCCUAGCAGAAUCCCUUUACUGUGAAAAUGAUGGCAGGAACCACAUGAGUGCCUUGGUCCCCUCUUAGAACUCAGUAAAAUAUAUUAUACUUUGUGUAGGAGCAGAUGGGGAGAGCUCGUGUCCACUGCUUCCGUCCCUCAGCUCAGGUGAAUCAGGUGCCAGCUGCCGAAGGAGGCAGAGGCUGGUGCUGCAGCUGGACUCUUUGGGUAGUGGUGGCAGACUGGCUGUCUGGAUUGUUGUGAGUUAGCCACACGACACAGUGUUCUCUUGCCAGGAAGAUUUCUUUAUUGCCGUAAUGAUCAUGGUCAUGAUGUAUGUCUCUAUUUCUACUUUCUGAAACAAGCCUUUUAUAUUCUAACACGCAUAGUCAGUACAUUUCCACUAACAAUCCAUUGGCUAGAAAGCAAGUGAAUUCCAUAACAAGUCUUCAUAAUUAUCAGACAGUUUAUCUUAUGGCUAGGUACAAAACACCCCUGUUUAUUCAGACCCUCUGUCUCCUUUCCAGAGCCUCAUUAUCAACAAGUCUACACUCGACGAGGCCAAGCUGACCUCUCCAUCUCCCACAUGGGAUCUUAAAGUCCUGUGUGGCUGCACUCCGCAGCUUUGUGCCAGGAAAGUACCAAAAUUCAGCAGGGCUCUGUCAGGAGGAAAAAUCUCCAUUAGACACACUGUCCUCCUUCCCCUCCCCUCAAAAGAAAGUUUUACUGUCAAAGGUGUUUAUUAACUAGUUGUGAAUGAGUAAGAUUACAGAGUAACCUUAUUUUUCUAAAUACUGUGGUUAGGGCAGAAGUGGUCAUGGCCAUUCAGUGCUCCAGCUAGUAGGAGGGGGAAGCUGGGAGGAGAGCAGGGAUUUAGCCCUGGAGCAAGGGCUCGUCUGACUCCCAGGGUACAUGACCAAGCCUUUUUGGGGACAGGCUCAGCAAUGCUCCCUCAAGCUAUCUCAUAAGCUCCUGGAUGCUCUCUCCAUCAAACUUUUUACCAAAACCACUAACACUAUGCUGCAGCCCAGGUCAAGCAUCCUUAAGACUUUGCAGAUCACAAGCUCUCUGUGCAUGGACAUUUUGGGAACCAAUACCCAGGGAGGUUUCUCUGGGCUACACACUGGGUCACUGUCCAAAACCAGGUUAACUCAGCCAAGGAAAAGCCUCAAAACAGGUGAUGGGGAUUGGUUCAGUCAGCACUAGCAGGUGGUGAUGAGCAGCAGGUCAGCAUGAUGCCCAUAGGAUUGGGUUUUGAAGCUUAUUUUGUCAUGUGUCAGCUUUUAGUGGGUGGUUGGAUUUCACAUGCUUUCCUGAGUUGGACUGCAGUGCUGGUGGGAUCAUUUUUAACCACUUUUCUAAUUCUAAUUGUUAUGAAAACAGAGCUGUAACUUGAAUUGCCUUGAUUGAUAAAAAAACUUUGGAAAACAAAA